AUUUAGAGGCACUUCCACUCCAGGGGCUUGAGGUUCCUGCCAUGUUUUUCCUCGUGGUGGGUAGUCGUCCUGCGUUUCGGAGACCUUUACUAACUUUCUGGACCUGUGUUUUGGACCUGUAACGACCAGGACAUCGAGUUAGUGGAAAGAAGUCGCAGCGCAAACGGAGUUCGGAUGACACAAUAUUGGCAGCGAUACCACAGAAGUGGUGAGGAGUCCUUCCCGUGCAGCAUGUCAAGAGGCCAGUGAGUUUGGCGUUCCGAGGACUCUGUGUAUCUCAGGACUCUGUACAUCACCAGAAGUAGGACGAAAAAUGAGCAGGUUCAUGGAAGCAGUGACAUUCAAGGACGUGGCUGUGGUCUUCACUGAGGAUGAGCUGGGGCUGCUAGACCCUGCCCAGAAGAAGCUGUACCGAGACGUGAUGGUUGAGACCUUCCGGAACCUGGUGUCAGUGGGAGACAAGAACCCAAGGCAGGUGGAGACUGUUCUACAAGCAGGAGCACACGAGGACCUUUCCAGCUUGCAUAUCUGGCAACAAAUUGCAAGUGACUUAACCAGGUGUCAAGAUUCCAUGAUAAAUAGGUCUCAGUUCUACAAACAAGGUGAUUCACCCUCUCCAGUUGUAGGAGGACUAUCUAAUAUUCACACAGGAGAGAAACCUAACCCGUGUAAUGAGUAUACAAAAACUGUCAAUGAUGUCUCCAGCUUUGAUCUUCAUCAGCGAUUAUACUCAGAAGAGAAGUCUCUCACAUGUAGUGAGUGUGGAAAAAGGUUCCGUUAUAUCUCAGUUCUUCGUAAUCAUCAGAGAGUUCACAUGAGAAAGAACUGCCGUAACCAUGAUAAGUGUGAUAAGGAAGUUAGUCAGAGCUCACAUCUGCAGAGUCAUCUGAAUGUCCAUACUAUAGAGAAUUUGCACAAUUGUGAGGAAUGUGGAAAACACUUCAGACAGAGAGCAACACUUAAUGUUUAUCGCAGAGAUCACACAGGAGCGAAACCGUACAAUUGUGAGGAAUGUAGGGGGGAUUUUCUGUACCCUUGGCUUUUUAAGGAACAUCAGAAAAUCCACACUGAGGAGAGACCAUUCAAAUGUGAUACAUGUGGUAAGAACUUUUGUCAUAGAGCACAACUUAAUACUCACUGCAGGAUCCAUACAGGAGAGAAACCUUACAAAUGUGAUGAGUGUGGGAAGAGCUUCAGGGUCAAUUCACAACUUCUGUCCCAUCGCAAAGUCCACAGUGGAGAAAAACCAUUCAAAUGUGAAGAUUGUGGGAAGUACUUCAGUAGAAAAUCAAAUCUUCAAACUCAUCGUAGAAUCCACACAGGAGAGAAACCCUAUAAUUGUGAGGAAUGUGGUAAGGGCUUCAGGCAGGCUGUACAUCUUUUGAUCCAUCAGAGUGUCCACAGUACAGACAAGCCAUUCAAAUGUGAAGAGUGUGGGAAGUACUUCAGUACUAGAGCAAAUCUUCGAGUUCAUUGUAGAAUCCACUCAGAAGAUAAACCCUAUAAAUGUGAGGUGUGUGGGAAGGGCUUCAGACAGGCUUCACAACUUUUGACCCAUAAAAGGGUCCACAGUGGAGAAAAACCCUUCAAAUGUGAAGAGUGUGGGAAGAGCUUCUCUCAGAAUUCAGUCCUCCAAAGCCAUCAAAGAGUCCACACUGAUGAAAAGCCAUACAGAUGUGAACAGUGUGGGAACAGCUUCAGAUGGAGCAAAAAUCUUAGCAUGCAUUGGAGGGUCCACACAGGAGAGAAACCAUAUAAGUGUGGAGAGUGUGGCAAGUACUUCAGUCAGGCCUCAAGUCUUCAAUAUCAUAAGAGUGUCCACACUGGAGAGAAACCGUACAAAUGUAAUGUGUGUGAUAAAGUCUUUAGUCGAUCUUCACAACUACAGUCUCACCAGAGAGUUCACACUAGGGAGAAACCUCAGUAGUAUGAGAUUUGUGGUAAAAGCUUCAGUUGGAGAUCAAAUCUUUUAAAUCAGAAAAUGCAUGCUGUUGUUAAAUUUUCUGAAAGUGAUAAUAGUGAUAAGAACAGAAUCCUCACAGGAAAGAAUUCUACUUAAUGAAGAUUUUAAAAAACUUAUGUACACCCUGAAUCUUGUAAUCAAGUUUCAAAAGAGAUAACAUUUGUUUAAUAAAAUUUAAUAGAACUUUAAUAAAAGUCUGACUUUCAGCAAAGCACACAUGGGAGAACCUUUAUAAGUGGUGCAGUAAGGGCUUCAGUCAGAAUGUUGGAAUUUAUGAGGUAUCACUCAAGAGAUAGGGCUUGGGAGGAAUAAGGGUUUGAUGUGGUCUUUAACAAAAGUAUAGUGAUGGGCAUUCCAAAAUUGAUAGCCACUAGAAUGUAAGCUCUGUCAUAGCAGGGACUUUGCUGCUUAUUCUUUGUAGGUAUGUUCAAUGCUUAUUUCUUAAAUGAAUGAAACAGAGUCAAUGUACAAUAUUUGAAAUUUUUAUUCAGAAAGGAUACUGGUAAAAAUGAAUAGCCAAGAAAGCAAACAUUAGUUUAAAUGUGGAAAACUACUCAGUAUUGUAAUCUGCAGUAUUAAUAGGGUAGUAACAUUUUGGAAACUAGGCCUGAUGGCACAGUAUUUAAGUGCUCAGCUUCUAAACAAAAGGUUGGUGGUUGGAAUCCACCAAUGGAGCUGGUGUAGUAAAGCCCUGAUGAUCUGCUCCCGUAAAGAU